CCUCUGGUGAGACCCCGAUAAGGGAGAUGAGUCAUGCCUACACUUAUUCCCAGGCUGGUACUGAGUGGACACCCAUACAGCUACCAGAGGAUUAGGAAACUGAGGUGCAAAGACGUUAAAUAUUUGUUCAAGGAACUUUUCCAGUCAUACAGCGAAUUAUGUUGUGAAGCCAGGAUCUGAACCCACAUCUCUCUGGCUCCAAAGCCCCAGCUCUCCAUGCCAGCCGGAGCCUGGGGCCAAGGCGGAGUCAGCUCCGCAGAAUGCCCGCCCUGAGGGUGUGAGAAGACAGCAGGGACGCCCCCUCCAUUUGCAUAGCUCCCGGGACGUGGCGCACAGCCUCUAUGCCAUUUCUGCUUCAGAGGAAACUCCAAAUCCCGGAAUGCCUCGGGGAUAUCCGGUAUGGAGCUGGCAUUGGAGUUGGGUGACCAAGACCUGCUGGACUUCCUGCUAGAAGAAAGCGGAGAUUUGGGGGCAGAACAGCCGCUUUCCGAGGCGCUGAAUGCAUGGGAGGUAGAGGAUUUCCUGAGCUCCCUGCUGAGUCCCCCAGCAUCAUUGAACGUUCUCAGCUCCUCUGAUUCCUGUCUAGUCCACCAUGAUCACACCUACUCUCUCCCACAGCAACAUGUCUCUAUAGAUGUAGGUGAGUUGGAAAUAAAUGAAGUUUGGGGGGAGGAGAGGACUUGUGGGCCUGGCUCUUUAUUAAUUUUCCCUUUUGCAGAUGGUGAGAAGUAUGGAAAAGAGGGGCCUUAUACGACUCCACCGCAUGUGGAGGAGCCGGCAGAGCAGGAGAUUGCUAGAUUGAUACUGACAGAUGAGGAGAAGAGGCUGUUGGAGAAGGAGGGGCUUACGCUGCCUGGGACACUUCCUCUUAGUAAGAUGGAGGAACAAAUUCUGACACGAGUGCGGAGGAAGAUUAGAAAUAAAAAGUCUGCUCAAGAGAGCCGCAGGAAGAAACAGCUGUACAUGGGAGGUUUAGAAAGCAGGGUCUUGAAAUAUACAGCCCAGAAUCUGGAGCUACAGAACAAAGUACAGCUCCUAGAGGAACAGAAUUUGUCCCUCCUGGACCAGCUGAGGAGACUCCAGGCCAUGGUGAUUCAGAUAUCCAACAAAACGAGCAGCAGCAGCACCUGUGUCUUGGUCCUACUUUUUUCCUUCUGUCUCCUCGUCGUACCUGCUAUGUACUCCUCUGACACAAGGGGGAGCCUGCCAGCUGAGCAUGGAGUGUUGUCCCGCCAGCUUCGUGCUGUCUCCAGUGAAGACCCUCACCAGCUGGAGCUGCCUGCCCUGCAGUCAGAGGUACCAAAGGACAGCUCAGACCAGGAGCUCCAGGCUCUCGGCAACUCUUGCUGCCUGCUCCACCAUAUGCCUCAGGCUCCUGGUGCUGAGCCUCCCUUGACGUUGCCGCUUCCUGUCCCCUCCUCAGAGUCCCCCUGCUCAGGUCCGGUCCUUCCCCUGCAUGCAAACUUCACAAGAGAAGGGGAAUGGCUCCCUGCCGACAGCCCCCCAUCUGUUAUCUUACAGGGCAGAUAUUCAGGAUAGAUAUGAAGAUAUUAGGGGGCCUAAGCCAGAGCCUGAGGUUCCUAGUCUGUGUCCAAAUGAAAGGAAUGGGAGAGGGCUAGCCUGAGCCCCUCUCUGUCCUGUCAGGAAGCCUGGGAGUUCAAACACAUACACUUAACUGGCUUUCUGGGUCUUUUAUUUGUACCCAUGUAUGUCUACCACCCCAUGAAUAGGCCUGGGGGAGUCAGCUGACCUUGAUCUUUUCAUGCAGUGAGGGGAUUGGGUGAGGAAAGAAAUAAAUAAGUGAUUCUGA